UCUUGAUUCACGAAUGUUUACCCGCCUCUUGGCUUUUUUCAAAAUUAGGAGCAGAGCACUGAGCACGCAAGUGUCGAUUUUCAGAAUGCCAAAUGAUAGAGAACCGAUGGAAGGAGGAGGUAGCUCGGAGAUGGAGUUCGCCGACCUCGAAGUUGCGGCGGACUCUAUCGACGCCUCUGUGAUGUUUCAUCUCGUUAUGGACAUCCUAGGGUUUGUUCUUUACAUGCACCAACAGAUCCCUUCGAUCUUACAAGAUGUCAAUCUUGAGUUUGAUGCACUGCAUACAGAGUAUAAAGAUCUGGAGGUAGUUCUUGCAGAGACAGAAAUGAAAGCGUCUCAACGAAGAGUUCAAAAUGGAAGAAAGAGAGAAGUGAAACAUGGCAUAAAAAGGCUCCAAAAGCUGAUGAACAAUAUCAGUAAUGCCCAAACUGCCCUCAAACUGGUAUUCAGUGAGAUCCCACAUGUUGAGGCUGUCAUUUUGGUUCUUGGAGGUAGUCCUGCUCGACCUCAACAUGUAUAUGAGCUCUGCUUUUCACAUGGACAGGAUACCCCCCUCUCUGAUGCUUGUGAUUUUACCAAAACUAAAGCAGCAGAAGGGAUUUCUAGAAAGGCCAUCAGGACACUUGUAUCCAGAGGUGCUGGAUCUGCUUCUUAUGGAGGCCCUUCCAAGUUGUUCCUGUUGGUCAAAGCUCAUUCUUCUUUCAAUAUGCCUCUGCAUUUUCUACCCAAACGUGACUUUAGAUACAAUAAAAAGGUAGUGCCUAUGAGAUUAAGAAUCAAGUGUAGAAACCAAGAUUAUGAGAUUCCUGCUCUAAGUUCUGACCCUCAACCUGCAGACUCUAAUAAUAUGAUGCCUUCUACUUCAAAUGAUUACAUCUGGUUUCAAUGUCGGCAUGUUAUCAAGGGUUUGGUUUGCAAGACAUCACCAGAAGAAUGAACAUUAUGAUUUAUGAUAUGACAGAGGUUGAUGUUGCCCACAUUCUAAACAAAAGCAAACUUACUUCAAGAAACAUGACAUGGAACUAACAAAAGCAAUCAAUUCAUUCAACUUCAAAACCACUGUUGUUGGGGUUGUUCUGAAGCUGAAGAACAACAGGUUUAGUAUUCAUCAUAUGUCUAAAUCAGUAAAUUGUAGCAUGAUAUGAUCUCCAUAACCAUUUGGCAUCUUUGCUUAUAUCUUUCAAAGUGUAGACUUAUUUCAUGGUAAAAACAAUGCAUGGAUAUGCAUAAAUUGAUGG